ACAUCCAACCAUUUGAAGAAGCAGUAGUCCCUACUGAUGCCAUGGAAAGUACAGAUCCUACAACUAUAGGGUUCACCUUUACUGUUAGUGAAGAUAAAUCUGUAAAGAGAUAUGAGAUAUGUAUUGGAACAGACAAAUAUUUAGACAACAUUUUCCCUUGUACCUGGGUUGGUUAUAACACGUCAGGAUCAGCUUCUAUCAAAGAUGGAUAUUUGUAUAUAGAUGAUAUCAAGCUGAGACCUCUGUCAGAGCUUAAGACCAAAGUUUGGAAUAUCUCCUACGAAUCAACGGAGAACAAGACAAGCGUAUUCCAUAUGGAACCAGGACGGACAUUAUUUAUGACUAUGAGAGUUUGUAAUGAAGCAGUACUCUGUACCAAUAAGUCAAUAGGCAGUGUACUGAUAACUAAUACAGAAACUGUAUUGAAAACAUCAGAACACGGAGAAUCCAUUGAAAUUAUACAGUCAGUUGCUACUAAUUCAACACGGAAAAAGAGGGACACAGAUGUGAUUGUUGUUACAACACCUGAAGGACUGGAACCUGGACAAACAGUUGUACUACAGCCAAUAUCAGAGAAGGAUCUAAACACAGAAUACAGAUCUGAUUCUUCAACAGAUUUCCAACCUUAUAUUGUUAAUCCAGCAACUUCAUUUGACAUGGUUGAAAGAUUAUUGUAUAGAAGAAUAUAUUCAUAUGCAACUACAUUUUCUGUGAUACCUGUUGGUCACCUGUCAAUGCCAGGGCCUAUGAAUAUUACAUAUCCAGAUACUCUGGGUGAGAAUGAAGACAACAGAACUGUACUAGCUCACUGGAAUACAGCUAUUCAGCAGUGGGAAUUAAGUGGUAGAACCUGUGGUGAUGCAUCUGUUCUAGAUAUUGAUAAUGAUGAUGGCACAAAGACUGUUCAGGUUUGCAAAACAUGGAGAGGUGAAACAGAAGCAAGCAAUGAGACUGAGGAAUCCAUUUUGUAUUUCUCUGAAGAGACACAAUUUGCUGUUUUCAUUGUAUCAAACAAAGUAUACAAUUCUGCACCAACAUUGAUCAGUAAUAGAUUUAUAUCUAUCACAGAAGAUCAAGGUACAGUACAGUACCAGUUAGAGGCAGCAGACGAAGAAGAUGAUACAGUGAGAUUUUACCUUGCAACAAAACAGACAUACCGAUACAAACUUGGUGCUCCAGUUCUGUAUGAGAAUGGCUUAUUGAUGUAUACUCCAUGUAAAGAUUGUUCAGGAGUAGAGACCAUUGAUAUCAUCCUCAGAGAGAUACUAGCCAGUAAGGAUAUUACACCAGCCAGCAGGGCGGCAACACUUGUUAUUACAAUUAUAGAUACCAAUGACCCACCAGAUAUGUUCCUUGUACAGAAUGGUCAGUCUAUUUUGUUAGAUGAUCCAACAGAGCCAGUUAUGGUAUAUUUGGAACAGAAGACUGAAUAUAACAGAAACAAAUGGAUGGAAGAUUUCAGAGCUGUUAUAGGAGCCUUUGACGUGGAACAACAACAUCUUAUUAUGGAAGUAUACAAACCAAUGUCGGGAACAGUUAUGUUUACAGAAGUGAAAACAACAGUACCAGAUAUGUAUGACUGUGAAACUGAUGUAAAUGCAGCCAGUGAACCAUGUGGUAAUUUUAGUUAUACUCUGCCUCAUGAUAAAGGAACCAUGUCCUGGAUUUAUACCACCUUGACCUACAAACAAAGCAUAAAUGUAACAGGAAAGGACUACAUCAAAUUUUAUGUCUCUGAUUCCAUGAAUGCCUCAUCAUCAGUAGUGACUGUACAGUUUGUUUUAAUGGAAUCACCAUGUCACAAUGAUGGGUUUUGUCAACCCAAAAAUGGCAGUAACUAUCCUUGCACCAGCUGGUACAGAGCUAACAAUUUUGAUCAGUAUUUUGAAUGUGUAUGUUUACCUGGCUGGAUAGGUGUAUACUGUGAAGAAAAUAUUGAUGAAUGUAUAAGUUCCCCAUGUAUGGAACCAUUUGAAUGUGUUGAUGGUGUCAAUAAGUAUGAAUGCAGAUGUCCAGUAGAUGACCCUAACUGUGAUCUUAAGAUCUGGAUUAUUCCAGUGAUUGUCCUGAGUGUCGUUUGUUUGGUGAUAAUCAUCAUAGUGGUCAUUUGUAGAUAUUGGAAGAAAAGAGUGAAAAACAAAAAAGCUUAUAGAGACCUUCUGAACCAGAGUACUAAAGAUCUUUUAAGUGAUGAUUUAUCACGGGAAUUUUCAUUUGCUAAAGAUACAGUGCAAGUUGACUUCCAAGAGAGCCAUGAUGAUCUUGCUAAUUUGGAUCUAGUGGGAAUUCUGAAUCCUGUUAUUGGUAAAACUGCAAAUCCAAGAUGGAAGAAUAAGGUUUACCCUGAAUCAUCACGUACCAAGAAAUUUCUUAUUUCUCCUGCAGAACAGAAAUCAGAAAGUAAGCUGAAAGAGGAAAUUCAAGAGAAAGAUGAUUUGAAGAAUAACUGGACAUAUUCGUCACCUGUCCAUCAAGCUCUCAAACAAGCCAUGAAACCUAUAGCAAAACCUCAUAUGAAGUCUUUAAAAGAAAUAAAAUUAGAAGUGUCAUCUGAUAACAAGAAUACAGAGCCAAUAUCAAAUCCAACAGAGGAAAGAAAGCAAGACACGGAAGUUAUUCAUCAACAGGCCAUGCCAUCACAUUUUAAACCAAUGUAUCAAGCACAAUUGGCAAAGCCACUUCCAACAACUGGUCUUGUUGCACAAAACAUGUCUUACAGUCGAUACAAUGAAAAACAACAGCUUGAGAAAAGCAGUGAUGCUUAACUUGUGUGUACUUGCAAUUGCGUUUUACAAAUUUUAGAAAACAGAUUUUGGUGAUAUAGUAACUUUUUCACAAUAUUCAGUUAACCAGUUUAUUAUUGAUAAUUUAUUGAAUUUUUGCUGAAAUGCAAAUAAUUGUAUGAUCAAAUGUUUUAUUUCUAAGUAUUAAAAAUAAAGUCUUU